AUGGUGGCAACUGAGUAUGAGCGCUGUGUCCUUUUUGAGGACGACUUUAGGAAUAACUUGAUGGUCCUGAUAGCUCCGCAGAGGGAGCAUGAGUUUGUUUUGUUGGUCGAGAAGACUAAGAUUGCGGAGGAGGUUAAACGCGGUGAGCGCCAGAACCAUGAUAGAGGGAAGGCUAAGAGGGAUACAGAGCCUUCAAAUGUUGGGAUGAGGCCCACGAAAAAGGCCAGAUCUGAUGAGCUCGUAAGAGUUGGGCCUACUGUUGCACCUGCUGGGUUGGCGAUUUGCAAGCUUUGUAAUAGACGCCAUCCGACCGAGUGUUGGAGGUCUAUUGGAGCUUGUCUUAGAUGUGGGUCUUCUGAGCAUCGUAUUAAGGGCUGUCCAUUGAGGACUAAUCAGAUGCAAGCUCCGGGUACUGAGACUGCACAGCCACCUAGGGGUCGAGAUAUAGGCUCUACAUAUUCUUACGUAGCUAGUACAGUGUCUAAUACCUUGGGGUUAUCAUUUGAGAGCACUUCUAGUAAGAUAACAGUGGUGAGUCCGUUGGGGCAGUUGCUGGUUGAACACCGAGUGAGUCUAGAUUGCGCUGAAAAGAAGAUUGUUCUGAGAACCAAGAAGGAUAUCGAGGUAGUCAUGAUUGAGGAACGACGGGAUUAUCUAACCAAUGUGAUAUCUGCUUUGGUGGCAGAAAAGUUAGUAAAGAAGGGGUGCAAGGCGUACUUGGCGUAUAUUAGUGUUGCUGAUUCUGAGGACUCUUCAGUUAAGAACAUCCGAACGGUGAGGGAAUUUCCAGAUGUUUUUCCAAAGGAACUAUCGCGAUUACCUCUGAAUCGUAAGGUAGAAUUCAGGAUUGAGUUGUUUCCAGGCACAGCUCUGGUGUCUAUCGCCCCUUACCGAAUGGCACCGAAGGAGUUGACGGAACUUAAGCUCAAAUUUAGGAGCUAUUGGAUCGCACCUGUUCUGAUUCAGCCUGAACCGGGUAAGGACUUCGUGGUAUACAGUGAUACGUCCCAUGUGGGUCUGGGUUGUGUGCUGAUACAGGAUGGCAAGGUUGUUGCGUAUGCGUCUUGUCAGCUCAAGAUUCACCAGACAAAUUAUCCAACGCACGAUUUGGAACUAGCUGCAGUGGUCUUUGCUCUUAAGAUCUAG